GCGCAUGCGCAGAAUAAUAAAGCGGAGAAGCAGCUGCAGUUAACGGAGAGAAGAAAAACUGAAUAAAUCGCCAAUGUCGGCUCUACAGCCUAAUUACAGAUUUAUUUUCAUAGUUUCAGUGGUUUUAUAAACGCGAUUUUUGUGUCAGUUCUGGUUUUGGAUUUUGUUUACGUGAAAUAGAGUUUAAAUUUAACUCCACAAACGGCGGCGCUCGGCAGAGGCUGGUCUGGUUUAGAGACUCAGCUGGAGAGAAAUCUGCCGUUCAGCCGGAUUACGAUCUGUUUUUACUGGGUAUAUUUACUUACCAUGAAGCUCUAAAAGCCCCGCGGUUCUGGAGAGGAAUAUGGAUGAAACGUUUAGCCUGUAGAGCUGGUGAGGAGUUAGCUUAGCUAAAUAAAUCUUCACGUUUGGAUUAGUCUAACGUUAGUGUGGAUUUGUAUGUAGGCUAACUGCUCUGCUGCCCUACAGUUCAAAUAAUAAUCAGUGGGAUUCUCCAGAUAAAUGAGUGAACAGAGGACUGCAGCAAUCACUGGCACUGACUGACUGACUGGAGCGCUUUUGGUGCAGAGAUGAGGCCACUGUGGAGGCGGGACUUGGGGAAUAGUUCUGUGGUUGGCAUGGUGCCAGGCCCAGCUACGGUGGCCCCGAAGGGUCAGAACAGGUCAUGGGUUCCCGAAACCCCACUGGUGAGCCCAGAGGAGCCUAUAUUUCUGAUGACCCCAGCAGCGCAGACCAUCUCUGGACUGUUCGUGUGGACUGCACUGCUGCUCACCUGCCACCAGAUCUACAUGCACCUGCGCUAUUACAGCUCUCCUAAUGAACAGAGACACAUUGUACGGAUCCUCUUCAUCGUCCCUAUCUAUGCCUUCGACUCCUGGCUCAGUCUGCUCUUCUUCACCAAUGAGGAGUACUAUGUUUACUUCGACACAGUCAGAGACUGCUAUGAAGCAUUUGUGAUCUAUAACUUCCUAAGCCUGUGUUAUGAGUAUCUGGGUGGAGAGAGCGCCAUCAUGUCAGAGAUCAGAGGAAAACCCAUAGAGUCCAGCUGUGUGUAUGGGACGUGUUGUCUGUGGGGCAGAACUUACUCCAUUGGUUUCCUCAGAUUCUGCAAACAGGCUACACUGCAGUUCUGUGUGGUGAAGCCUCUGAUGGCAGUGAUAACAGUGAUCCUGCAGGCUUUUGGAAAAUACAGAGAUGGAGACUUUAACGUGGCCAGUGGGUAUCUGUAUGUGACGAUUAUCUAUAAUGUCUCAGUCAGUCUGUCUCUGUAUGCCUUGUUCCUCUUCUAUUUUGCCACAAGGGAGUUGUUGGUGCCCUAUAGCCCUGUGCUCAAAUUCUUUAUGGUCAAAUCCGUCAUCUUCCUUUCCUUCUGGCAGGGUAUGCUGCUGGCUAUCCUGGAGAAGUGUGGUGCGAUCCCAAAAAUUGAUUCUCCUGAUGUGAGUGUGGGAGAGGGGACAGUUGCUGCUGGUUACCAGAACUUCAUUAUCUGCAUUGAGAUGUUUUUUGCCGCUGUGGCACUCAGACAUGCCUUCACGUACAAGGUCUACAUGGACAAAAGACUGGACUCCUAUGGACGCUGUGUAAUGAAGAGUAUCUCUAGCAGUCUAAAAGAGACAAUGAACCCUGGGGACAUGGUGCAGGACGCUAUCCACAACUUCUCUCCGGCGUAUCAGCAGUACACUCAGCAGAGCACGCUGGAGCAGCCGGGGGGUGGUCUAACUCGCAGCCUCAGCACCGGCUCCACACGCGACAACGAGAAAACACUGCUGCUCAGCUCCGACGACGAGUUUUGAGAGAGAACGAGAGAGAGAGAGAGAGAGAGAAAGGGAGAAACAAACUAAACAGAAUUUAGCUUACAAAACUGUUGCUUACUUGCGAAACUAUGAUGAUGUGCCAUAGCUAUGACACACACACACACUAUAUGUCCAUAACUAUCCAGAUGCUCCUUCUAAUUAGUUACUUCUGCUAUUUUAAAAUGCACCCAUGGCUAACACGGGUGUUCAGUUGCACAUGCACAUCUUGUAUAAUCUCCAUAGAAAAACACUGCCAAUAGAAUGGUGCACUCUGGAGUAGUCUAUUAGUCUGAGAUCACCAUGCCCAAUGCCAAGCAUCAACUAAAAAGACCCCCAGCAUUGGGCUUUGGAGCAGUGGAACUGCAUUCUCUGGAGUGAUGCUGCUCCAUCCAAUAUUAUACUGAUGAACUGGAGUCAUCCAGAAAUAAUCAUCCAAAAUCUCUACCUGACCUCACAAAUACUCUUGUGGCUGAAUGCAAUCAUAUCCUCACAGCAAUGUUUCAACAUCUAGUGUAAAGGCUGUUACUGCACCAAAGGGGUGGGACAAAUUCCCUUAAAACCCUAGAUUUCUGAAAAAAAUGCUGGGGGAGCAGGUGUCUACAAAGUUUUGGACAAAUAGUGUAGAUCCAUAACAUAGAUAAACCCCAAAGAACCCCAAACCAUUUAGCAUUAUUCAUACUUUUUUUUUUUUUUAAUGUUUGAGUGCGGUAGUGUAUUCAGCUCAUAGUAUGUUUUGCUGUUCAUUUCCUGGCUCUCUGACUGCUACUUCUCUCUCUGCCAAACAGAUUGGACCCUGCACUGUCCUGUUGUGCUCAUUAGGUUGCAGCUGGAGUUGCACUGACUUGCACCCUGUUGCAGUAGCUCUUUUUUUCUAAGCUAGAAUUUGCACUGUUUGGCUGAGGUUCUAGCAACCAGCCUCUUCUGCUGUGGGCCAGAAAACGCUCUGACACUGCGUAUCCCUUUCUGUUUGACCAAUAUUAAAAUUUCACCAGCUUCUCAACUUACCUCAGUUGUAGUAGGCGCCGGCAAGUUUGGUGUGUGAGGUUUGCUUCUUUAGUUUAGCGCUGGAGCUGUGAAGCUGAACUAAUAACACAGUUUGAGACAAGUGUGUGUGAUGCUACUUGGUGUUGUAUUUGCUUCCAUUACUUACAUUAGCCAGUGCAAAACAAAACAACCAAAUGUUAAACACCAAACACGUCUUGGUUGAUCUGCUACCUUUUGAGGUAAGAGGGGAAAAUGGCUGCGGGACUUUUCACUGAAUUGUUGUUUUAACAGGACCGUUUUCUGCAGUGAUGAGGCUGUACAAGUAUCUCCUUCUUCAAAAGAUCAUAUUAAAGGAGUAGAUCGACUGUGCUAACAUGACAGGAAUGGAACAUAGUAUGCCUCAGUUAGCAUGAUGUAAUUUACAUAUUGAUAAUUGGUGGCCAUUUGUUUUAAGUGAUUGAGUGUGCUGGCUUGCACUUAAUCUGGUAACUGCAGAAAAUUUAGUCAGUAAUUCGUUUAACGAGUUUACAUGCACUUGGUUAACCAGAUAAUGAGAAAACUCACUCUGCAGUCAGGCAGUGAUCAAACCACAGAGCGCACUCCAUGUUUCAUGUUAAACAUUAGUUUGUUUAACGGAAUAUUCCUAUAAGGACUUUUACAGGUGUGUUAUGAACUGAAUGACCUGAACUUGGCUGUGCGGAAACAGGGAGUUUGCACCUAGACUUAUAGCAGCAAGCAGCCACUAGGUGGCAUUAUUGUGCUAUUAUUAAUGCAUAUGGCUGUAAGGGACACAUCUGUACAUCUACAGUGGUGUAGGGGAGAACUUUAUUGUAUGAAUGCUAAAUACUAAUUUCUGUACAAUAGUAUACACUACCAGUCAACAGCUUGGACACACUUACUCAUAGAAGAAUUCUUUAUUUCUGCUACUGAACGCAUAUAAUAUGGAUAAUGAAGAUGUUUCAACAAUGAAAGAACACAUAUGGCUUUACGCAAUGCCUUGAUGCAGCUUCACAUGGGAAGCCACCUAAGGUACUUUUUGAACAGGACUGAAAAGUAUAAACAUAUAAUCACAUUGCACUGGCUCAGAAACUUCAGUUAUUGAGAUGUAACAGUCAUUCAGAGUAGGAUGUAAAAUGGUGCAUUAUAUUUUGACUUUGUUUCUCCAGAGUGAAGCAUUUCACUUUAGACCACUCAGAAUGACUUUGUUUACAUCUUAACCAUUUAACCAUUUCCUCUGUAAGCCUAAACUUUUAGUUGAAAAUAUAAUAAAAACACAUUAAGGCUUUUGACUGGUUCUGUAAGUUCUGUUCCUAAAAGGGGGUCCAACAUUGCAGGUUUUCAACUAUAUAUUCUUCAUUAAAACUUUUUUUUCCUUUUUCAGGGCUAAUAUACAGACUGUAAUAGACUCACAGCAUUAGAGACAGGAUCCUGAUAUUUCUAAUUAGAGAUUUUAUGUUUUCACAGUGCAGAACACAAUGAUAUUUAAAGGCCAAACCCACAUUUUGUGCUUUCAUCGUUUAUGUAAAUGAUAAACUGCUUUUAUUUCUUUUUAUUACACUUUAAGCUGACUUUUUUUUUUUAGUUCAAACUUGUGCAUUCCCCAUAUAUGUACAUACAGAAACCUACAUUAUGAUUAUUAUUAAGCUGUUAAUAAAUACAUACUGUUUCAGGUGGAACAGGAAACUGUACAUAGCUGAUAUGAGAUUUUUUAGGCUUUAAUUAAGGUGCCUAGUUUUGUACUGUAAGCCUUCUGAAUAUGGCUUUUGCAUAUUGUUGGUGCCGUUUACGUUCUGUAUAGAUUAUUCAGCAUUUUGUGUUUGUGGGAUGGAAUAAAGAGGAUUAAGAGGAUCUCA